UCCCCUGCACUGGCCGUCCCAGCGGCUCAUUGAGCGAACUCACUGAAAGCGGCCGGGCUAUGACCCUAGGAUCGCUGCCGCUGCUGUUGCUGGGGGCGCUGGGGGCGUCGCUCGCCCCGGGCGCCUGCGGCUCGGAGGCAGAAGGCCAGCUCCGCGAGAAACUUUUCUCGAGCUAUGAUAGCUCGGUGCGUCCGGCGCGGGAGGUGGGAGACCGCGUCCGGGUCAGCAUUGGUCUCAAACUGGCGCAACUCAUCAGCCUGAACGAGAAGGAUGAGGAGAUGAGCACAAAGGUGUACUUAGACCUGGAGUGGACUGACUACAGGCUGAGCUGGGACCCCGCGGAGCACGAGGACAUCGAUUUUCUUCGCAUCACGGCUAAAUCCGUGUGGCUACCAGAUGUGGUGCUACUAAACAACAAUGACGGAAAUUUUGACGUCGCUCUGGACAUUAACGUCGUGGUAGCCUCCGACGGCACCGUGCGCUGGCAGCCCCCGGGCAUCUAUCGCAGUAGCUGCAGCAUCCAGGUCACCUACUUUCCCUUUGACUGGCAGAACUGCACCAUGGUGUUCAGUUCCUAUAGCUAUGACAGCUCAGAGGUCAGCCUGCACACUGGCUUGGAUCUAGAUGGGCAGGAACGGCAGGAAGUGCACAUUCAUGAAGGGACCUUCAUUGAGAAUGGCCAAUGGGAGAUUAUCCACAAGCCUUCUCGGCUAAUCCAGCCUCCAGUGGAUCCCAGAGGAGGAGGGGAAGGACAGCGUGAAGAAGUCACCUUCUACCUCAUCAUUCGCCGGAAGCCUCUCUUCUACCUGGUCAACGUCAUUGCCCCAUGCAUUCUCAUCACUCUCCUGGCCAUCUUUGUCUUCUACCUGCCGCCAGAUGCAGGAGAGAAGAUGGGGCUCUCAAUCUUUGCCCUGCUGACUCUUACUGUGUUCCUGCUGCUGCUGGCAGACAAAGUGCCUGAGACCUCCCUGUCUGUCCCCAUCAUUAUCAAGUACCUCAUGUUUACCAUGGUCCUCGUCACCUUCUCUGUCAUCCUUAGCGUCGUUGUUCUCAACCUGCACCAUCGCUCACCUCACACCCACCAAAUGCCCCCUUGGGUCCGUCAGAUCUUCAUCCACAAACUGCCUGUGUACCUGGGUCUGAAGAGGCCCAAACCUGAGAGAGACCAGAUGCCGGAGCUACCUCCUGCAGCCCUCAGGGAUUCUCCGAGAAGUGGCUGGGGUCGGGGAACAGAUGAAUAUUUCAUCCGGAAGCCACCGAGUGAUUUUCUCUUCCCCAAACCCAACAGAUUUCAGCCUGAACUGUCUGCCCUGGAUCUACGGCGAUUUAUCGAUGGUCCAAACCGGGCUGUGGGCCUGCCCCCCGAGCUACGGGAGGUCGUUUCCUCCAUCAGUUACAUUGCUCGACAGCUGCAGGAACAGGAGGACCACGACGCGUUGAAGGAAGACUGGCAAUUUGUGGCCAUGGUAGUGGACCGCCUCUUCCUGUGGACCUUCAUCAUCUUCACGAGUGUCGGGACCCUCGUCAUCUUCCUGGACGCCACAUAUCACUUGCCCCCGGCUGAUCCCUUUCCUUAGGACCUAGAGCCAAGACCCAAGUCCUCCGCCAGCUGAAUUGAGAGUUUGGCAGUACUAUAGAGCCCUAUCCCUUUCCUCCUCUUAACUCCUUCACUUGGGAUCCAGUCAUCUCAUUUUGUUUCCAGGAAGAGAGCCCAAGUGGGACUGGGCAUUCGGAAACCUUGGACCCACCAGAAAUGCAGUUUCAGCUUCUUUACUCCUUGGCUUCUUAAAGGAGCUCUUUUGAAUAUUAACACUCAGGUUCCCAGUAAAAAGGAACAAAGAACAAGAACUAGACUGUAAGCCUUAUGAGGGCAGGAACUGUGUCUUGUUCACUGUAAUAUCCCCAGCACCUAGCACAUGUCCUGCUUAACAUUUGAUGAAUAAGUAGGGAAUUUUCUUCUGGAAGGAAAUACACUAAUUAAUAGCAUUUAUGUUUGCAUGUUG